GCUUUGCGGAAGCAUGCCUUUUUCACAUGUGCAAAUUUGUUUUUCUCAAACGACGCGUGAUGCUACUUGCGCUCGGUGCAUGCAGUAACACCGGUUUUUCGCAUCAGAAAUAGGUAAUUGUGACUCGCUUCCUGAUAAAUCAACACUCGAAGAUAGGACUCAAAGGGAAAUCAAGGCGUUCGAGGAAACUAAAACACCCCUUUCCUUGAUUCCGGUUCUACAACAGUGUACUAGUCAUUUCCAAACCUUCCUCCAGGAGAAUGAUUUCCAAGGAAACGAGCAAUCCUAUUUGAGCACGCAAACUUAUACAUGUAUAUGCGCGUGCAUGUGCGUAGAGGGAAGGACUUGUACAUAUACGACUGCCUGCAUUUCUUUAGCGGUAACCACUCGGACGCGCGUGGCAUUCUUCCUGGCUACAGCAAAGCUUUGGCCGGACUCCCGCUCUUCACUCUUUUGUCUGCUUGAGUAAAACGACAUUGCUUCGUAGACAGUUGUUGGACUGGCACUUAGUCGCACGUUACUGUAGUGAACAAUUCACGUUCUUCGUCGUCUCCCCCCGUACACGUAUGAGAGAUCAAUGGAAAUGAAGAGUUUGGGAGAACUCAGCAACCCCAGCGUCUAAUUUGGGAACAACAAAACUACAGAAAGCAGAGACAGCGGAGGUCGUAGAAAAUCGGGCAACAAUACCGGGAGUUGCGAUGCCUUCAUUGGGGUACGACAUUCUGAAGUUGAAGGCUACACCGUGUUCACUGUACUGGUGCAGUUCCUGUAGGAAAAACCCACCGGGUAAAGUGGCUGUAUAACAGUGAAGCUGCGUUGCUAAAAGAAAGGACACUUUUGUCCGGCUUUGUUGAUUCAAGCACCAGUCUUCGUUUUUUUACGUAGUUUGUAAGUGUGAAAUGAGUGGGUAUCUCCGGCUUUGGGGAGCGAGGAAAUGAACGCCUUUCCUUGCGUUUGUUAGCAUGACACGGCCUGCCGACCAGGUACGGAACCUCUGAUGUUAAAUUCUACUUUUGGUGUCCAUUCAGCGAUUCGGCAACUUCAUUGCAGUAUCUUUGACACGAUGGUCUCUGCCGAGCGACAGAAGGAAGUUUCACUCAAGUUCACACUUCUGGUUCUUUUUCUGGCAUCCGGCGUUCCACUAAGCUUUCUCUCGCUGCAUCCCAAUGCAUCAAACUCGCCGUCCUCGGCGCUGGCACAGAACGCCCCCCGGGUUGAGGUUGUCAAGAUUGGGAAGUAUGGACUUACACUCGGCGACGUGCGGCGCGACGUGUACCUGGUAAAAGGCGAGCAACUUCAGGUUAUCGACAAAAGCCGAAAAAUGGUAUUUGCGCCUCGCGUGGGCAAGACGAAUCCUUUGAAUCAACGUGUUUUCCUCUUCGACGGCGAGGAAUGUAAGGAGGAGUCUGUCGACUACGAGGACUUGUUCAAGAAGUACAAGAGAAAGAAAAAUCUCCGGCGCCUCUGGACGAAGAGAUACACGCCUGACGGUGUUAUCUACACUUUCACGCCCCCGUUUCCGUCGAAGGGACGCGACGAACCUGGACCUGAAGAACCAGAGAUCCGAUUCUGUGUUACUUUGACCACGCCCAUGAUGAGAAUUGGUGGGGCAGACGAAAGUCGACCGGAGGGUAUGCGCUACUUCAACAACACACUCUCUCUAGCCGUUUUCUGGUCCCCUUGGUGAUGCCAAAGCGUGGGUAGAAAAACUGCAUCUCGAGAAAUGUUUCUAUCCAUGUUUCGCCUGAAAAGGGAACCCGAAAAACCCCACAGACUUCGGUGAAAUUAACUGUCAGAAAGUCGAAUGCGCUGGUAACAACAAAUCCACGAACACCGUCUCUGCUGCGGCGACAACCGAACUACGCUGUAGAGACGAAGUUUUCUCGAAUGUUGCCAGUUUGAACACUCGACCCGUUUUUCGAGUGCUUCUGUCCGUCACAAGAAACACUUCGCUAAUCCCUCUCUGUUUUUCAUACAUCAGAGCCACUUGGUUCACUGGAACAAAGCCGUUUCACGUGCUAUUUUCCGUCGUGCAGUUCAUUCCGUUUGUUUGUCGUUGCCUUCCACCUGCGCAGCCCAAGGGAAAGCGGCAAGCGCGGGCCACCUUUCUAUCGGUAAAAUAAGAAACCGUGAUCCUCUCAAGUCGAUUGUUUCGCUCCACAUGACGACGCGCUAAAUGGGCCUGUUCCAAAACAAAGCGUGAAGAGCUUGCUUUGUUUGCAGUGGAGGCCGUAUGCGCCAGGGGCAAUCUCAAAGAUAUCACCGCCGUGAUGCUAGAGCAAAAUUGGAAUCAAAUACGGAACCCUUAGAGCCAUACACUUUCCUGUGAAGUUGAUUGA